GGCCGAGAGUAGUCGCAGGGAAAUGGCGGCCGCGGGUUUGGUGGCUGUGGCCGCGGCUGCCGAGUAUUCUGGCCCAGUCGCGUCCGGAGGUAACCCCUCCGGUGUUAGCUGCGGCCCAAACUCAGGGGCAGGGCCUGGGCCUGGCCCGGGUUCGUGGAGCCGCUCCCUCGAUCGAGCACUGGAGGAGGCGGCUGUAACUGGGGUGCUGAGCUUGAGCGGCCGGAAACUGAGGGAGUUUCCCCGGGGAGCGGCCAGCCACGACCUGACGGACACCACCCGCGCGGACCUCUCACGAAAUCGCCUCUCAGAAAUUCCCAUAGAAGCAUGCCAUUUUGUUUCUCUUGAGAAUCUCAAUUUGUACCAAAAUUGUAUUCGGUAUAUACCAGAAGCAAUUCUAAACCUGCAAGCUCUAACUUUCUUAAAUAUUAGUCGGAAUCAACUAUCAACGUUGCCAGUACAUUUGUGUAAUUUACCAUUGAAAGUCUUAAUUGCUGGUAAUAAUAAAUUGGUCUCACUUCCAGAAGAAAUUGGACAUCUCAGACACUUAACAGAACUUGAUGUGAGCUGUAAUGAAAUUCAAACAAUACCUUCCCAAAUUGGUAAUUUGGAGGCCUUGAGAGACCUUAACAUAAGAAGAAAUCACUUAGUACGUUUGCCUGAAGAACUGGCAGAGUUGCCUUUGAUCCGGUUAGACUUCUCCUGCAAUAAAAUUACAGCAAUCCCUGUCUGUUAUCGGAACCUUAGGCACCUACAGAUGAUCACCUUAGAUAACAAUCCACUACAGUCUCCUCCUGCACAGAUAUGUAUAAAAGGCAAAAUCCACAUAUUUAAAUACCUGAACAUACAAGCUUGUAAGAUUGCCCCAGAUCUGCCAGAUUAUGACAGGAGACCCUUGGGUUUUGGCUCCUGCCAUGAAGAAUUGUACUCAGGUCGCCCAUAUGGAGCCCUUGAUUCAGGUUUCAAUAGUGUGGACAGUGGUGAUAAGAGAUGGUCAGGGAAUGAACCUACAGAUGAAUUUUCAGAUCUGCCUCUUCGAGUAGCAGAAAUUACUAAAGAACAAAGACUACGACGAGAAAGCCAGUUUCAGGAACAUCGCAGCAGUUUAGUAAUGACAAAUGGUGGAGUGGAACAUGAUCUGGAUCAGAUUGACUACAUUGACAGCUGUACUGCAGAGGAGGAGGACGAUGAAGUGAGACAGCCCAAGGCCCUGGACUCAGACAGCCUUAGUUCCCAGUUUAUGGCAUAUAUUGAACAAAGGCGAAUCACUCAUGAGGGUUCACCAGUAAAGCCAGUACCCAUUAGGGAGUUUCACAAAACAGAAGACAUGAGAAGAUAUACACAUCAAAACAGGGGUCCAGUUGAACCAUCUUCUUCAGUCUUGUCAUUAACACCAGGUCACAAUCAGUUAUCACAUACAGACUUAGAAUUUCAUCAGAGAAGAGAACAAUUAGUAGAGCGUACUCGCAGAGAGGCACAACUUGCCGCCUUACAGUAUGAGGAGGAAAAAAUAAGGACCAAGCAGAUUCAAAGAGAUGCUGUCUUGGACUUCGUCAAGCAAAAAGCGUCACAAAGUCCACAAAAACAACAACCACACUUUGAUGAUGAGUGUCACUUUCCAUCCAGAAGGUCUCAGCACACUGAUGAUAGUGCCUUGUUAGUGUCGCUGACAGGGUUGAAUCAAGUGGGCUGUGCUGCUAUGCUGCCUCAGUCUUCUGCCUUCGUGCCUCUUAAGAAUAAUGACAGAUCUAAUACUGUGUCAAGUUCACCUACAUCAGAAACAGUUCAUCAUUCCCCUGCAUAUUCUUUUCCUGCUACUGCCCAGAGAAACCAGCCACAACGACCUGAAAGCUUCCUUUUCCGAUCAGCUGUCAGGGCAGAAACAAAUAAAGGUCUUGCUUCACCCCUUUCGUCUUCUGCACCUAUCAGUGAUUCUACAGAUUCAGUAACAAGACAGAACUCAAGACAAAGAGAAGAAGAGCUGGAAUUAAUAGAUCAACUACGGAAACAUAUUGAAUACCGGUUGAAAGUAUCUCUGCCUUGUGACCUUGGAGCAGCUCUAACUGAUGGCGUUGUUCUUUGCCAUUUGGCUAAUCAUGUGCGGCCUCGAUCUGUCCCAAGCAUUCACGUUCCCUCACCAGCUGUACCUAAAUUAACAAUGGCAAAAUGCAGGCGAAAUGUGGAGAAUUUCUUAGAAGCUUGCAGAAAAAUUGGUGUACCUCAGGAGCAAUUAUGUUUGCCUCUCCACAUUUUAGAAGAGAAAGGUUUGAGCCAGGUUGCAGUGACGGUCCAGGCCCUCCUGGAACUUGCCCCACCCAAGCAACAGCAGCACCAAUUAUCUGCUGUUUGAUGACUCCCAGGACCAUGGGCGUUGCCUGGCCAAAACAAGGAACAGGACAAUGUGAUUGUUGCUGCCCACCACUGAUUAAACAAAGCUCUUAUGUGUUCUUAAGAGGGACUGUUUCCAUGAUUCCUAACAGGAAUAUUUUGCUUCAUUUCUCCAUUUUAGGGGACAUUAUAUCCAUUUCCAUUGAAUUGUUUAUGAAGACACGGUUGGUUUUUGCAAAUGAACUUUCAUUCUGUCAUUGAGAACACAACACCAAAGCCUAAGCUGGCUGUGCUUUGCUAGGAGUAGGUUUUUUUCACAUAAGAGAAAGAAUAUCUUCUUAGCAAGAUAUUUAGCUCAUUUAAAGUUACAGAUAUGCUAUGAUCUUUCCUGUUUUCAAGACUCUAUAGAGUCCACUGGUUUUUAAAUUUGAUUGUUCAUUAGAAAAUCCCGGAGCAUUUGUUCAAAUACAGGUUCUCAUUCAACAGGCCCAGGGCAAGACCUGGGAAUCUGCAUUUGUAACAGACACACAGGUGUUUCAUGAAGUAGACACUACUGUUUCAAGAUUGAUAAUUGUAUGAUUUGGGGGAGUAAUGACCCCAUUUUGUUUUUCAGCCACAUUAAAAAUCAAAAGUUCCUUAUGACUACAUGAGCUGUUAUAUACAAGGCAAAACAAAAAUAAUAUAGAGGGCCUAGAGUUUUCAUGGUUAAUCAAUGAAACAGUCACUGUUAUGUUUAAGGCCAGUGUUUUUGGCCUCCCCAACUCUAGUCCAUCACCACUUCCUCUUCUUUUUGCAGAGGAUAAUUCUCUGUAUCAUCCUGCUAUUACCUAAACAUUUUACACAAACACUCCACAUAAAGCUUCUAGAUUUUUAGGCUGGUGGCUUGUGCUACUCAGCAUCUUUGCCUUGACUUUUGAGCUCUCCAUUCCUCCCGCCCCCACGCUGCUCCCAAGACAGCUAGACCUGCAGAUGCCUUCUAGUCAUGGCAGACACACUUCCAGCUCCCCAACAAUGUAAUGGAAGACAUGAAAAUGAAGCAAAAGAAAUAAAGGAGAAUAAAGAAAAAAAGUUUCUUACACUUUUUCAGGUAACUGCCAAUCUCCAUUGCUGUGUAAAGCACUUGUGGCAUCGUAAAAAUAGCUGGUUGUCUUUUCAUCUAGUUCAUACAGCUCCACCACUAGUGCCUUAUAUACUCAAUUGUGGUUGAAGUGAAAGGGCACAAGGGCUCAUGCAACACAGACCCAGGAGCCUUUAUUCCAUUUUAAGACACUUGAGUCUUUCUUCCCCUACUUUUGAAAUUUUAAUUUUCAGUGAUAAAUUUUGGUAUUUGCUGCCCAUGGUAAACCAAGUAAAUACAGAAAAUGAAAUAUGUAGAUUUUUUUUCUCUUAACUGUUCUGGAUUUUCUUUACCCAUGCAUGCAUAGGAGCAUACUGUUCUAUCAUGUACAUGCAGCAACUAAAUUUCACUUUGGAUAAAAUGAUGUUGAGGUGCUGAUCAAAAUGUUUUCUCUUUGUUCUCACAGGUUAAUAAGUUCAUCAGAACAUUACCACUUUGUCCACAUUGAAAUUUAUAUAAUAUAAAACAUGAGAGCUCAAAGCCCAAUCCUUCAAAAUUCUCAGAGAACAUAAAUGUAUUUUAAGUGCUUAGAGCCAGACCCCAUUAGAUUUACAGUUCCAAACUCACUCAUCAUAUGACUUGUUUAGAAUUUAGCUGUGUGUAUUUUUCAACUAUAGGUAUUUUUUCUUCUCAUCAACAUCAAACCACAGUAUAAUCUCCAAAUUAGAGUCUCACUUGAAGUUAAGCAAAGGACAGGAUUGUUAGCCAUAUUAUGCAAGGAAUAAUUCCACAAGACCUAAAAGUGCCACAUGUGCAACAUUUACAAUUCAUUUUCCUGUAGGAAUAAAUGAAAAUUUCAAUGUAUUUCACAUUUUACACACAGCAUGAAAUUUUAUUAUUGUGUCCUUAUCAAGCUAAUUUAAAUAUAUAUUUGAAUUGCUAGAAAAAAUUGUGUAUAGUUUUGGUUGGUAAUAUAAGAGAAAUACCAGUAUAUUGAAUUUUUUUAUGUUGAGAUGCAAAAACAAAUUGUGUUUUUGUUGGAUUUUUGUAUUCAGUGUUUGUAUGCACCUAUAUUUUUAAAAAACUGGAAAGAAAAUUUCAGUUUAACAUGUAGACUUGUUAGAUUCCAAGAUAAGAUGAAGGUGACUUUGUAAUAAUUCCACCUGACCAUUUAUGAGUUUCCUCCUGAAGCAGUGACUUUCCCAGUGCUGAAGUGCCCCCCACCAACCAGACACCUGCCAACUACUGAUACUUUAAAUCAGCAGGUUUCCCCUCUUUCAAACUCAUAUCUGCUUAGCACUCCAAACCAAUUUUCUUUAAUAAUAAAUGUGUCUAGAAAUAACUCAUGGUAUAAAAGGAGAACUUAGUAUUUGGCUACAACAGAAUAGAAGGCUUAGGGGUGUGUCACUUUUCUUAAUAGCCUUUUAAAAAUACAGCCUUAUAACUAAUCAACAAGUCUUUCUCUUACUUGCUACAGCCCAGCAGCAACUAAUGAUGUGUGCUGGUGAGUGUGAUGAACUUUUAAAGACUAAGCACUUAAAUGGUUAUAGAAAUGAAGGAAAACGUGGAUAUUUAGAAACCUUUUUCUUUACAUACAUAUUGCAGUGAGAUGUUUAACAGCAGAUUUCAUCUUUCAGAAAAUUGUUGUAAACAUGUAAUUAGUAAAAGAUUUUGUAAAGCAUUGUCUCAUAUUUGUAUGUAAAUAUAAUGCAUAAGUUCUAAGUAUAAAUAUCAAUAUCAUGUAUGUUAUUUUAAAUUGCCUGUAUGCCACCUUACACAUUGACAUUAAAAUAAAAGCCAACACUUCAAUAACAUGAAAUAAAGUCUGAUUUGAAAAUGCUCAUAGCAUGGGUUUCCUGGCAAAUUGAAAGGAUAUGUAAUUCCCUCACAGAACAUCAGUAGAAACUAGGUCCUCAUAAUAAACCCCUGAGAUAGAAAUAUACUUUUUUAAGGAAUUCCUGUUUCCCAGAAAAAGCACUAAUGCAGCUUAUAAUAAGUAUUCCUUGCCACCACGUUCCCCAGUAAAAACAUUACAAUGAGAAAUCUAAAUAGCAAGCAGAAACUAACCUUUAUUAAAAUUUUACUGUGUGAGAAUUAUGCUGGACAUUUUAUAAACGUUAUCUUGUAAUAUCUCCUUGAUGAUUUCACUUUUGCUCAUAAGAAUUUUUCACUAUAGAUGAAUAAAAUCAGAGACAUAACGGGAUUUACUGAAGUUUUAUUUUAUCACUGCAACUAAGCCCACGGAC